AUCAGAAAGGAUCAUGUUGGCAUUUACCAGAUCAAACGUCGUAGCAUCCAUGGCUCGCAGAGCAGCAGCAGCAGCAGCAGCAAAGCCAUUGCCUCGUCUGCCACCACCCAGCCAUCGGCGGAUUAUUCUCCAUUCACGGCCACUUGUUCGUCUCUAUUCUACCUCGACAAGCGAAGCCGCACAGCCACAGGAGGACGCCAUGAUGGCAGAUCAGCCAGAACAGGACCACCACGCCGUCGUAUCCACAUUUGAUUUGUUCUCGAUCGGCGUCGGACCCUCUUCCUCGCACACCGUCGGCCCUAUGCGUGCUGCAAAAAUCUUCAUCAAUGAUCUCAAGGCACACAAGGUGUUGGAGCGAGUGCGCACGUUGCGAGUCGAUCUUUUUGGUUCAUUGGCGUUGACAGGCGAUGGUCACGGUACGCCCGAUGCUAUUCUGAUGGGCAUUGAGGGCGAGGCACCUGACGAGGUCGAUACUCUCACGAUCCCAUCUCGCAUCAAUGAUAUCAAGACAAACAAGUCCAUUUGCUUGGACGGCACGCACCGGAUCAGCUACGACUACGACAAGCACAUGGUAUUCAACUACUUCAAAACAUUGCCACAGCAUCCCAACGGCUUGCGCUUCUGUGCAUACGACGACAACUCCAACCUGGUUGCCACCAACGAAUACUUUAGCAUUGGCGGUGGCUUCGUCGUCAAUGAGGAUACCCAGCUGGAUCACGGUGAAAACGUAUACUACAAGGAGGAGUCCAAGGAAAAGAAGGAGGUCGUUGCGGAUGAACGUCGUCAGCAGGACGUCGCUGUCGUCAGUUUACCCUUUUCCAAUGCGGAGGAGCUGCUCAAGGUCUGCAAGCGUGAAAACAUGACCAUUGCACAGGUCGUCUAUGAAAACGAGUUGCGAUGGCAUACGCAUGAUGAAAUCAAAAACAAGUUGUUGCGCAUUUGGGAUACCAUGGAUGAGAGUAUCCGGAACGGUGUGAUGGCAUCCUCUGAAGCUUGUUUGCCUGGUUCACUCAAGAUCCGUCGACGUGCACCUGCCCUUUACCAGAAACUUCUCAAGGGUCUAUACCCCAGUAUACCAAGCAAGGGAGGAUACAGCAGGUCCCAGAUUACUGCCGAGCCUGCCUCUGCUGCUGACAGCGUUUCAUCAUCUUCUUCGAGUGCUCCUGACAUCGCCAAGUGUGAUGGCCGAAGCGCAUUGACUGUUUUGCCCAAGCGCCAACGCAAGCGCUUCUUCUUGCCAGCUUUGGAUUACCUUUCGGUCUAUGCUAUUGCUGUAAACGAAGAGAACGCAUGCGGUGGUCGUGUGGUUACUGCCCCUACCAAUGGUGCUGCAGGAACUAUCCCAUCCGUGCUCAAGUACUACAUUGAAUUCAUCUCCGAGAACCCCGAAAAGGACGUCAUGGAGUUCCUGUUGACCACCUCGGCCAUUGGUAUGCUUUACAAGCGUGGUGCCAGUAUCUCGGCUGCCGAGGUGGGCUGUCAGGGCGAGGUCGGUGUUGCAUGUUCCAUGGCUGCAGCUGGCUUCACCGCCGUCAUGGGUGGUUCGAUCGAGCAAGUCGAAAACGCUGCUGAAAUCGGCAUGGAGCACAACCUUGGUCUGACGUGCGAUCCAAUUGCUGGUCUGGUCCAGGUUCCUUGCAUCGAACGCAACGCACUGGCUGCGGUAAAGGCGAUUGCAGCUGCUCAGUUGGCGCUGAACGGUGAAGGUGAACAUAGAGUGUCGUUGGAUCAAGUGAUUGAAACGAUGCGUCAGACUGGUCUUGACAUGAUGUCCAAAUACAAGGAAACCAGCCAGGGUGGUCUUGCCGUCAAUGUGCCUGUCUGCUAAAUAAUUCUAUUUACUUCUCUUUUGCCUGUAUACAUUUUUUUUCUCGUUCUCCAGUACGCUACUACAUUCCCCUUGCUUUACCUUCACAUUUUGCAUUCGUCGUUCUUUUUUUCUGUCCAUAUUUCUACUCUUCUGUUUCCUAUACACAUAUACAAUACCUUUACUAUAAAAGUUGUAACGUUGCCGAGCGAAUCGCCAGCAAUUAUGAUAAUCCCCACGAAAAAUUUCUUUUGUGCUUGGAAUGGACUAUCGAGUAUAGCACUCUAAAUAUCACUUGUUUUGGAGCUAAUGAUAUGAUCGCCAACAUGUUAAUUCAAAGUUCCAACAGAACAUUUCUUCUGUUAUGAG